UGUCUGUCCGUGAAAGACCUGGCUCGCAUCUCCAGUCCGCUCAGACGGGAAGUGUCGCUGCUUCGGGACUUUUAUCUCGUCAUGGUUCGCGCUACUUCGUUGCUGUUUGUGUUGCUGCUAUUCGCGGUUGUUGCUGAGGUGAGGGCUAAUUCCGAAAACAAUCUGAUCAGAAAAAGAAGAGAAUGGGUUCUCCCUCCAAAAGCUCUAAAGGAAAAUGUGGACUACACUAAAAUGGAAUCUUUUGCCAAGAUUCGCUCAGAUGUUCAAAGUGAAAAACCUAUAAGGUACUCCCUGGAAGGCAUAGGAGCAAACAAGAUGCCCUUCCAUGUGUUUGUGGUCGACCAUAUAACUGGAGAUGUUCGUGUGACCAAAAUCCUGGACCGCGAGGAUAUCCCCAUGUACAAUCUCUCAGGUGUCGCUAGAUUCCUAAAUGGCAGCCUUGCUGAGCAAAGCAUUGACCUACGAAUCAAAGUUGAAGAUGAAAACGACAAUGCACCGACGUUUGGAGAAAUCGCGCCGGGGGCCGUGGAUGAGCUCAGUCCUAUAGGGACUCCCGUGAUGACAGUCCAAGCAACUGAUCUUGAUGAACCAGGAAAUAAUAAUUCUAUAAUUGCCUAUUUUCUGUUGGAUCAGACACCAUUUCAUGACAUGUUCGGAAUGCACCGAAAUGGUACAAUCUACGUCAACAAGGCUACAUUGGACAGAGAAAGCUGUGAUAAAUACAUUCUGAAGGUGAUUGGACGAGACUUAAAUGGCAAAGAAGAGGGCAACUCUGGAGAAGCCACUGUUACCAUUAAUAUCCGUGACGUAAAUGACAAUCCUCCCACUUUGGAGAAAGAGAUGUAUGAAGGAAACAUUGAGGAGAACACAUACGGUGUGGAAGUAAUGAGAAUCAAAGCACAGGACUUGGACCAGCAGGGGACAGAGAACUGGGAAGCUGUGUUUGAUAUUGUUAAAGGCAAUGAGGCCGGAUAUUUCAGCAUAAAAACAGACCCCAACACCAAUGAAGGCAUCCUCAUGCUUGAAAAGCCUAUGGAUUAUGAGAAUAUACAGAACCUUGACUUGGGGCUUGUAGUGAGGAACAAAGCUCCAUUAAUUGGUGAUGGAGCCAAUGGUGGAGCUACCUUAAAUUUUGGAGGGGGAGGACGUCCGAGCAGCGGCAGUGGUGGCAGUGGCGGCAGUGGCAGUGGUGGCGGUGGUGGCAGUGGCAGUGGUGGCGGUGGUGGCGGUGGUGGCAGCAGUGGCAGCAGUGGCAGUAGUGGCAGUAGUGGCAGUAGUGGCAGUAGUGGCAGUAGUGGCAAUACCGGCGGUGGUGCGCCUGGUGCCUCUGGUGCAGGAAUACAUGGAUCAUCAUCAUCUGGGCAAAGUGGAGGAUUCAAAACCUAUCCUCUCAAAAUCAAUGUGAAGAACCAGCCUGAGGGAGCAAAAUUUGAUCCCAAAGUCAAAGCUAUUCCCAUCUCAGAAGGAGGCCACUCCAUCAACAUAAAGGAAGUUAUUGCCAAGUACCCUGCAUUAGACGGAGACACUGGGAAACCAGCUGAAAAAGUCAGGUAUGCCAAGGGAUCUGACCCUGACAACUGGCUAACCAUUGACCCAAAGACAGCUGAGAUCUCGCUGAACAAGCUACCUGAUAGAGAGUCUCCAUUCUUAGUCAACGGGACAUAUUUUGCCCAAGUACUCUGCAUUUCAGAAGACCUACCAGCUAAAACAGCCACUGGCACCAUCGCUAUCCAGGUGGAAGAUUUUAAUGAUCACUGCCCCGAACUGACCAGCAAACUCCAGAGCCUGUGUACAGAGAAGAAUAGUGUUAUUGUUAGUGCUGUAGAUGAAGAUGUUUUUCCUAAUGGAGCUCCUUUUGAGUUUACCAUCGUCCCUGAAGGCACUGACGGAAAAUGGCAAGUGGAGCAUCUCAACGAAACUGCCGCCAUUAUUAGAGCUCAGAACACCAUGUGGCCUGGUUCGUACACGGUGGAACUUGUGGUGAAGGACCAGCAGGGACAGGCCUGUUCAGAACCACAGAAGGUGACUGUCAGUGUUUGCACCUGUGAGGAUGGAGUUGUGUGUGGAAAACGAGGUUCCAGUGGUCAGCCAGAAAAAAGAUCAGCGUUUGGACCUACUGCCAUUGGACUACUACUGCUGGGCUUGCUACUGUUACUAUUGAUCCCUCUGUUGCUGCUGUUCUGCCAAUGUGGGGGUGCUUCCAGUUUUCCAGAUGUCUUUGCUGAGAUGCCUUUUGACACAAAGUCACACCUCAUCAACUACCACACUGAGCAGCAGGGAGACAAUGCAGAGGUGCCGCUGCUGAAUAUGCCAUCACAAAUGGCCACAGCUUAUAAGAACUUGGAAAUGGCACCUAGGGCAAAUUUUGAUAUGCAGCAGUCUGUCGCUUCCAUGAAUGGAAUGAAUGGUGCUGCCUUUCAAGAUGUUUAUGCAAGUGGCCAGAAAGAUGGGAUGUUGGGGAUGAGCUAUAUGGAGGGCAGUGGCAUGUACACUCAGUCUGAUGGCUUAGAAUCAAGAGGAGGUGGAGGAAUUUUUGAUGGCAUCGCUCUGCCAGACUACUUUCUGAGAGGAUACUACAGUCAGGUGACCAGUGGAAAUGAGGACCUCGGAGUGAAGGAUAGUCUGUUGGUGUACGGCAAUGAGGGACAGGGAUCCUCAGCUGGCUCAGUGGGCUGCUGCAGCCUUCUCGAAUCAGACAACGACCUGCAGUUUCUAAAUGAUCUUGGGCUAAAGUUCAAGACUCUUGCUGAGAUAUGCGGAGGGAAAAAUGAUGAGAAAGAUGUACCCACUCCACUACCCACUGCAUCUGCAUCCAGUACUCUGAUAACAGAAUCGAGUUUGGUAACUGGCCACCAACUACCCAUUCCACCCAUGCGGCAGCCAACCAUCACCAGAGCAGAGCAGACCAUGGUCAAUGAAGUAGUUGAUCAUUCACAAGUGGUCAGGGAAAGCAACAGCACAGUGAGGAAAGGGAUGACCUCAACAAGAGCUGAGAUGGGAAAUCAAAGUCAGAUGGUAAAUCAAAGUCAGAUGGUAAAUCAAAGUCAGAUGGUAAAUCAAAGCCAGUUGGUAAAUCAAAGCCAGUUGGUAAAUCAAAGUCAGUUGGGAAAUCAAAGUCAGAUGCUCCUACUCCAGCAGCAACAGCCUGUUUACUACACCACCACCCCUAUGUUGCAGCCAAUGCACUAUGUUGUCCAGCCACAGCUCCAGAAUGCUAUGAUACUAGCUGAAGCUCCUGCCACCAACCUUCAAGACAUGGUACUGGUAAGUUCCACAGAGACUGGGCCGACCCAAAGAGUUAUCGUUCAGGGGCAAACAUUUAUGCCCAGUGGACAGGCCCAAGGCUCUGGUACAAUGCUGUUGAAUAACAGCGGGAUCCAGGGAAGCUAUACCAACCUGAUUCACACAGCAAACCUCUCUGGCUCCCAGCCUAUGAUGGUUGUUGAGAGCAAGGUUCCUGUAGGCUCAAUGAAGGUGGUGAAGGGGAUCCAAACCGGUCAUGUUCAGGAAGGCACUCUACAGCUAGGAGAACUGUCAGGACCUCAAAGAGUCCUGAUGGUUGGAGAGUCAGCAAGCAGUGGAGGUCUGCAGAUUCAGGAGACAAGAGGUGUCCUCCAAAAGAGUGAGGUGUCUGGCUUGCAAAGCGUCUACAGCAACGGCAGCGCAUCCUCUUCAACCAAAGUGAGCAAAACCCCCACUGUCCGAAAAGUUGUGGUGCAAGAGACAAGAGAAGUUCGUUGAUUGGGAGAUGCUUGUACAAUGGUGAACAUUUCCCAGAUACCACAAAGACUAUUUAUUUUUUGUACCUGCAGGUGAAGGGAAGUUUAUGAGACUCAAGUUAUUCAAGACAGUUAUUGGUGAUGGAUGUGCUUGCAAAACUCUGGCUUCUCUGGUUAAAAUUAGCAAUGCAGUGAUAUUAAAAGUGUAGAUGAUGAAAUAGUAUAAAAUGAAAGAUAAUUUUUUUCUCACCUUUUUUAAGCAUGAUUUGUGUAUUAUUGUUUGCUAGUUAUGUGCAGCAUUAGAGUGAACAAGGAAAAAGAGCAUUGUAGAAUCCAAUUCUUUCAAAGGUACUUUGAUGAAAGGCUGGAUUACUUUUUGUUGAAAAUAAUGUUUUUACUUAAGUGUUUUCUGGCAUAGAAAGCAAAAUGAAUGACAGACAGCAAACAUCAGCUAUUGACUAAAUGUAAAAGAUAGAUGUGAAAAAGCAAUCUUAAAAAAUUGCAAAUGUACUGUUAGUUUACUUUAUUAAAGACACGCAUGGAUCUCUGGCAAAUAAGUUUUGAUACUCUGGUCAUUAACUUGUGUAGCUGUAAAAUAUAUUUCUUUUUGCAUGCUCUAAAUGGUUGGGCAACAAGCAUAAAAAAUGGCAAAAUAAAUACUUAAAAUGCUUAUGGAGUUAGAAGCUGAUUCUCUGAUUAUCCAAAUUGGCGUUCUGUAUUAUGUAAGCUUAUUUCUCUUUUGUCUGCAGCAAUCUGGGAUUGGGAAAUGUUUGCUAUGAUUAAAUGACAGCUUUCAUCUUCAUCCUGUGAGAGAAAUUUAUAUUUCAUUAAUAAAAACUCAAAUAUU